AUGUUUGGUGAGCCUCGACAGCGCGUUCUUACGCUCGCUGCGGUGCCGAUCUAUGUUGCUGAGUUCCUCUUUCGGACGUACGUGACUCGUAUCAUCCCGCAAUAUCCCAUUUUCCACGAAACUCAAGUAGAAGAUGCAUUUCGGGGAGUUUUUGGCCAGCCAGCUAGUGGUCCAAUCGUCGACGCAAAUCUCGACGGCCGUGACGUCUUUGUCGUGAGCAUCAUAUUGGCCAUCUCGUUGUCGACCGCUGCUCGAGUGAAGCACAAACGAGCUCACGCUCUCGCGACCGGACUGUUUCGAAAUGCGGUGCUACGGGCCUCUGCCGCUCUUACAAACGACUUGCCCGGCUUACAGGCACUCCUCUUGCUGAUACAGUACGCGUUCUUGGAUCCCGCCAUUGCCAAUCUCUGGCUUCUCACUGGCCUCUCAAGCGAAGCUUGUAUCGAUAUGGGUCUGCAUCGGGAGCUUCCCCCGUCGGCCGGCCUCGACGUCCUCCAACGAGACCUGCGUCGUCGCGUCUUCUGGUGCGCUUGGGAAAUGGAGGUGGCCGUCUCGGCCGCUUUCCACCGCCCACUGCGGACGCAACCAACAUGCAUAGACGUAUCUUUUCCGUCGGAGUUCGAUGACCAUGCUAUUACGGAGGUCACUAUCGAUACGACCGCUCGCAGGACCAAGGCCGUCUCUCGCCGAAUAUGGCUGUUUCGGCAAGUCGAGGCAAGCAUAAUAUCCGUCUUGUAUCAAGAAGGGCCAUUACCGGAAGGAAUGACGCUGGAGACAUGGAUGACGAACGCCGACAAGGAAAUCAACGAGUGGAAACUCGAAGUUCAUCGUGCGGCCGAGCAAUAUCAAGACGAUGCAGGUGCGAGUUCGCAAUGGAAGGAGAUGGAACUGUACGCCAACAUCGCAUCCAUGUGGAUUCUCGUUCAGCUAUACCGUCCUUGUCCCCGGAUCAAGGCUCCUGACCGAACUAAUCUGGCCAAAGCCGCAACUGCAGCAGUCCAAGUCGCAAACGGGUAUUGGGAACAACAAACCACCCAGUUCGGAUACCUCAAAUAUGUCUUUCAUCCGUGCCACCAUGUCUUCUCCUCAGCCUUGGUCUUUCUGCAAGCUCUUCAGCACAGUCAAGCGAACAUGGCCGCCUUGUACUCCCUCGAGGAGAUCGCAGAGCAAGCGAACAGCUUUCCGCGAUUUUUCACGACGAUCGCCGAGAGAUGGCCUGCAGCAGCUCGGUGCUCGGAGGAGUAUGAUCGGCUUCUUGGCCCCAUUCAAGAGGAAUUUUCCAAUUUCGUGCGGAGGAGCGAGGCUUCCACUUGGGCUUCAGCAUUGUCUGACAACUCUGAUGGCGCAAUGGAGAUCAGACCUGAUCUUUCCGAUUCUUUGAAUACGUGGCCUAUGAUGUACACGUCGAUGCAUUCGGCUGGCUUCGAUAGCAUCGAUCCGUCUUGGUCGGUACCGUACGACUGGGAUGAUGAGUUUGCAUUUGGAAUUGAGCUGGAGAGUUUGACGUGA